AUGAGUGUUGUGAACGUUUGGCCUUCUUUGGAAUUACAACAAAAUCUUGUUACCUAUCUUACCAACAGAUCACAUGAAGGAAACGUUUCUUCCGCAAGAAACAUUAGCAUCUGGCUUGGCACUUCUUAUCUCACACCUCUCAUUGGAGCCGUUCUAGCUGAUGGUUACUGGGGUCGAUACUGGACAAUUGCUGUUUUCUCUGCGGUUUAUUUCAUUGGAAUGUGUACCUUGACACUUUCUGCAUCUUUACCAGCAUUGAAGCCUUCUGAAUGUUUGGGUUCUGUAUGCCCUUCAGCUACUCCUGCACAAUAUGCUGUGUCCUACUCUGGUCUAUACGUGAUUGCGCUUGGGAUCGGUGGUAUAAAGUCAUGUGUGCCAUCUUUUGGAGCAGGUAAAUUUGAUAAUACUGAUCCAAAGGAAAGGGUUAAGAAGGGGUCGUUUUUCAAUUGGUAUUACUUUUCUAUCAAUCUAGGUGCCAUUGUAUCAUGCAGCAUAGUUGUGUGGAUUCAAGACAAUGCAGGAUGGGGUCUUGGAUUUGGCAUUCCUACUUUGUUUAUGGUAUUAUCUGUGGAUUUCCUGCACCAAAUCCCUCAGUACUUCUUACUGGGGGCAGCAGAAGUAUUCGCAUUCGUGGGACUGCUUCAGUUCUUCUAUGAUCAAUCUCCAGAUGCUAUGAAGACUUUAGGUACUGCACUGUCACCUUUGUAUUUUGCCUUGGGAAAUUACUUGAGCUCUUUUAUUCUUACUAUGGUAACUUACUUCACCACACAAGGUGGAAAGCUUGGCUGGAUUCCUGAUAAUUUGAACAAGGGUCAUCUCGAUUAUUUUUUCUUGCUUUUAGCUGGACUUAGCUUCUUAAAUAUGUUGGCAUACGUUGUUGCUGCAGCAGAAGAAGACUUCUUAAGAUUUUUCAGACAUCUAUUAUGAGUUGAAGCAUGUUCUGAUCAGGUUGCUUACUACACAUAUAGUGAUAUAGAUUGACGGGAACCAAAAACGAAGGAGAACGAACUACCGGCGGAAAAGUAGCUCAUCAGCACAAGUCAUAAAAAAAUAUAUACGGAUGGCGUGAGAAAGGUCAAUGGAUAACAUAUGAGCAGAACAUAUUUGCCACACUUGGGGUACUAAUAGUAAUGGAAUUUAUCAACAAUAUCUAAUGAUGUUUUUCUAUGAUUUGGGGUAAUAAUGUAUUAUACUAUUCUCACUAAUAUAGUUUUAAACAAGUUUUUCUCAA